UAUGCCGAGGAGCAUACCGUAGGAGACGUCCGCUCCUGUAUCUGCCAGGCCGAAGGGCUGCCCCUGGAGGAGGUGAGGCUGUACGCUGCGGGGACGCUCCUCGACGACGACACCUUCCCUCUCGCCGACCUGACCGUCGACACCAUCGACGUCAACGUUGGCCUCAAGGGAGGGAAGGUCCACGGGUCCCUGUCGCGCGCCGGCAAGGUCAAGGGCCAGACCCCCGUGGUGGAGAAGAAGGAGAAGAAGAAGGGCAAGACCGGCCGCGCCAAGCGCAGGGCGCAGUACGAGCGCCGGCUGUUCCUCGCGAGCGUGAACCCUUCGGGCCGUAGGCGAGGCCCCAAUGCUCAGGGAGACAACUUUUUUGGGGCCGCGAUUACCCCCAACAGUAUGACUCACAUGGCUCAGCAUAGGAUUAAAUUGCUAACCGAGCACCUUGUCACCAUAGGCAUAAGUUAA